AUGACCGUCAAGCUCCAGCCAUCGGAAGCACCGAUCUCGUCGGUCGUGACGCCGCCCAGCUUCAACACAUCGUCGAGCCUCGAGCCGAGCAGCAGCAGCAGCAACCUCCUCGACGGCCAAGCGCGCGUGUACAACCUGCCCCAGGGCUUCCACCACAUCACGGACAAGAUGACGCGCCUCACAACGGACGCCGAGACGCGCCAUACGCUGCAGAACGUCCAGAACAACAUGGCGUGGUGGUCAGGCGUCGUCAAGUCGAUCGAGCUUUUGUUUUCGUGGGAGGACUUCUUCUACACGGGGUAUGUGCUCAUCGGCCUCAUCGUGAGCUGCAUCUUGCACGUUGUGAUCCCCAACCAGUACUUAUUGCUGCUGGUCGUCCUCUGGCUCUUUGUGCGCUGGACAGUCCCGUACAUCACGCUCAGCCGGUGGCUCUACGGCGUCAAGCAAGGGAUUCGGUCGCUUCUGCACCAGCACCGCCUCCUCUCGAUGCACGAGCAGAAGGGCCUCAUGGACCGUGACUCGACCAGCAGCAACAACUCGGGCCCGCCGUCCAUCAACGUCAUGGACCUCAAUGGGAAGAGCUCCAUUAACAACGCAUCGAACCCACGCGGCCGCAUCCAAAGCAUCAGCCACCGCAACAAGAGCGUCUCGAAGCGAGAACUCAUGAUUGGCGCCGCCGCCGCCGAGCUCUCCAAGCGCAUUGCGGCUGAAAGCAGCGGUGGCAGCGGCAACUUUUCGUCCCUCGACGACUAA